AUGUCUGCUUCAGGCGUAUCCCCGCAAAGCACCCAGACCAUCAAGGCCCCCCGAACAUCGGACAGCGACCAAAUUGAUCUCCCGCAAAACGAAGGUCAAUGGGCCCAGGCUGCAGAACAACAGGGAUAUGAACCAGCAGACCUCAAUCUCCACAAAAAAACCUCCGAGACUUUACGGAACUUCCCCGAAUGGAAGGCAUAUUUGGAUCGCUUUGGAAACCCUGACGAUACAGGGGUAGCCCAUCGGGAGCUCGGUUGCUUUCUUAUCGUCAAGGAAGCACAGCAGAAAGUGCCGAUGAAGCCCGCUCGCUGGACCACAAGCCUCGAGUCUGAUUCCGUCGCAAUGGAACAGUCGCUCGCUACCACCCGCCAACGGCGCGAGAUUCCCCGGCCGAGCUAUGUGAGCAUGGCGUCAGGAUCGGACAGCCAAUCGCCGUUGCAUUCGCAGUCAGGGAUAUCAGCGGCAGCGAGCGAUUGGUCCACCAGUUCCAGUGCCGCAGUACAGGUUCCAACCAAGGACGAGCAAAUCGUCAAUGACGCCCUGCUGCUGCUUCUAAGGGCACUGUUGAUCUACGUACCCGAGGCGCGAGACGUGCGGUGCCAGUGGGAGGUUGACCGCUCAGCAUUUGACGCAAACGACGAAGUCUUCGCAAUCGCCGAGGUUAAGCCAAACGCUCGGAGCCGUAAAAGGCGACCAGAGGUGCCCUGGCAAGAGACGGGCGAGAUGAUUGCAUGGCUAAUGCAUGACGUCCGGAAAAAGCGAGAGCGCCCCCCACCUCGACGCCUGGUUGUGUCGCAAGCCAACCGGUCGAUAUAUCUCACGCUUGCCUCCUGCGACGCCAGAUACAUCGAGUAUCUGAAAAGCGGGCUCAUAGAAACUGAGCCGUCGCUUCCCGAGAAUCCUCGCCCUGAACUGCCAUUACUGAGGAUGCAGGAGUACGGCCCGUGGAAUAUAAGCGAGAAGGGCCGUAUGAAAAAUCUGGCCAGGGUCAUUGUGAUGAAUACAUGGAGCUAG